CAAAAUCCAUUCAACUCAAUCACACCAGCAUAUAUGCAAACCCUAAUUCGUUGGAAUCUAUCUCCUCACAACCUCCACCCAAUCACUCAAUUCUCCAGAAACCUGCUCACAAUGGGAAUGAUACUAGGUAAAAUCAGCGUCGAAACUCCGAAAUACGAGAUAAUCGCCGCCGCCGAUUACUACGAAAUCCGAAAAUACCCGCCGUCGGUGGUGGCCGAGGUCACCUACGAUCCCGCGCAGCUCAAUUCCAACAGAGACGGUGGCUUCAUGAUCCUCGCCAAGUACAUCGGCGCCGUCGGCAAUCCGCAGAAUUCGAAGCCCGAGAAGAUCGCCAUGACGGCGCCGGUGAUCACCAAAACGGCACCGGAGAAGAUCGCGAUGACCGCGCCCGUCGUGAGCAAGGGCGAAGGGGAUCUGGUGACUAUGGGGUUUAUACUGCCGUCGAAGUAUGUUAAGGCUGAGGAGGCGCCGCAGCCGGUGGAUGAGAGGGUGGUGAUAAGGGAGGAAGGGGAGAAGAAAUACGGCGUGGUGAAAUUCAGCGGCGUGGCGAGUGAGGAGGCGGUGGCCGAAAGGGUGAAGGGGUUAAGGGCGUGUUUGGAGAGGGAUGGGUACAAAGUAAUUGGGGAUUUUGUGCUGGCUCGGUAUAAUCCGCCCUGGACUCUGCCGCCAUUCCGGACUAAUGAAGUCAUGAUUCCUGUUCAGUGAUUGAGGCUUCUUGGUUUUGGUUUUUGUAUAAAUAAAUGUAGGUUUUCUUGUAUGAACUAUACUAAAUGACGACCACAAUUAAAAUGAUAAUGUAUUAUUAAUAAGAAAUCUUAGAUUUAAGAAGCAGAUUUAAUCAUAUAGCAAAUUACUUGAUUAUCUCUUA